AUGAAAGAUACUCGGGCUGCAUGCCUGUUAUGCAGGUCCAUCGGCGCCGGAACAAGACGACCUAUUCCUCCAACAUCUCGAUGUAAUAUCACACAGGUGCAGUGGAGGUCUCACUCGACACCUUCAACGAUAGCAUCAGCAUCGCAUACAGCCAGAACGACAUCUGGUUCCCCUGGUCUGCAGGAUGGAAGUAGAGACGGCGCAACUGCAGCGGCCUCCGCUACCAACCAGCGCACCCCACGCUUCAGGAGAUCACCUCCGCCCACUUCAACCGUCACAGGGAAUCUAGCCAUCUUCGAGAGCGUGGUUAGGGGUCAGCGCAGGCAUCAGGAUGACGAUAGUUCUGGCGGCAAGGUGGCUGAACACUCCGAAUCAACCAUCGACCUCAAGACAUACAACAACGUUGCCAAGUUGACGAGGAUGAUGGAGCAACCCCAACCAGCCCUCUCAGAAGCAUAUGACUUCUUCAAGACCGGGAUAUACCCAGCCGUCAAUGCUGCCAAAUACGUUCCUCGAGUCUUCGAACCAGAGUUGAGGAAGCUUGUCCAAGGCAUCCUUACCGCCAUGAAGAAUGAUCCAACGUCUGAAAAACUUCCAUCUCUUGCCGAGAUGACACUGGUAGCUCUUCGUCUGGGUGUUUUGGACAUCACGGCAUGGGCUCGCGCGAUGCAGGGCCGACUGGAGUAUCUUUGCUUGACCAACGUCUCUCCAGAGGUAUCCUUGGAAGAGUAUCAAGAGACCACAGGUCGCGUCAAGAUGCUCUUUGACGACGUGACACAAUCAUGGAAGCUUAUCAGCCUUCCCCACCAUGUUGUUAUGGAAUUAGACGCCAACACUCCCCUGGCCGAUGUUGAUUUCCGCCUCUCUGAAGGACAAUACCAAAGAGGAGAAUCGUCGCUGUACUAUUCGUUAUCCAAGCUGCUUCAUGCUUAUGCUCCCCUCCAGCUGCGUCCGGUAAUACCGCUGCUGGUGGUUACGUGGGUUUUGUUCAACGAUUCUGGCAGGUGCCUCCCUGGCAACCGGUCGGCCGCGUCACAUUUUCUUGCCUCGAUUGCGGGCCUUGUUGUCAGAUCCAAGGAUUCCAACACGAGCCCAGAAAAGCUCAUGCAAAUACCGGGCAAGCUAAUUCCAUACGUCCGGCAUCGCUGGACUGUGAUGCACAAGCAGCUGAAAGAGUGGACUGAUCCCAAGCAAUCGUAUUUGAAAGACCCCACCCUGAUCAGGAAGCUCGACGUCACCGGCUCCGGCAGGAAACACUUCCUCGACGUGAAGAAGAGUCUCAAUAAAGCCCUUUCUGGCAAGAACAGUGCCAUGCUGGAGAGGGCUUGGUUGGACUUUUUUGGUCACGAGUCACCACCUUCCCAGAAAACUAUUGACGAUCUGCAGAAAUUCCCCAGCAUAUGGAACCAGUUCAUCAUGGCCUUCAACGCACUCAGGAGACCUCAGAGGGCCAUCGAGGUUUGGAACACCAUGACCGAGAUCGGCCUGAACCCAACUAUCAAGACGUAUACCGCCAUGAUGGAAGGUUGCAGUCGAGGUCGCAAUGCCUCAGCUUUAGAAAACAUUUGGCAUCAGAUUGUAGAAUUGGGGGUACCCUUAGACACUCACGCUUGGACCGUCCGUAUAUCGGGUCUGAUCGAGUGUGGUAAGCCGGAUGCUGGAUUGUCAGCCCUGGAUGAGAUGGCAAAGAUUUGGAACAAACAACAAAACUCGGGACAAUUCUCCCCUCAAGCUGUCCGGCCAUCUAUAGUGCCAGUCAACGCGGCACUCUCCGGGAUCUUGCGCAUCAAUGGAGUACCGGCGGCAAUGAAGAUCCUGCAGUGGGCCGAAAGGCACAAUAUCGAGCCCGACGUCAUCACAUACAAUACCUUGUUGCAGACCAUGAUCCGGAGGGCACCGGAGCAGGUCGAUGCAGUGCUUCAGAUGAUGAAUGAUCAGGGCGUGGAGCCGGAUGAGGGCACUCAGACGAUUCUCAUCGAGGGGAUGGGUCCCUUUUUGAGGAACUCUGGCCCAGAGCAGAAGCUUGAGGCAGUGAAGCGCAUCAUAUCCAUGGUCACGGGCAAUGACCCUAAGAAAACGAAUCCCUCGGCCUAUGCAAAGCUCAUGUUCGAGCUUUUAAAGGAGAAUGACAGCCAAGCCGGCAUUGACGUCGCUGUCAACCAUAUUAUGCAGGAGCUGUGGAAGCGCAGAGUUGAGCCGACGACACACAUGUACACCAUUCUCGUGGAGCAUUAUCUCCACCGCAACCCUCCGGCUCUAGAGGCGGCGCGUAAACUUGUUGAAGCCCACAACUUGUUUAACAAGCCACACAUCGACCAUGUGUUCUGGGAGCGCGCAAUCAGCGGAUUCAUGAAUGCUGGGGAUGUCGACAGCGCCUUCGACUUAUUCAAACGCUCCAAGAACGGCAACAUGACCAUGCGACUGUACGAGCACCUGUUGAGCGCCUUGAUCGCCAAUGGCAAGGCUCAGGAAGCUGCAUGGCUGGUCAAGACCGUUGAUGAGAUGAAGUCGUCGACUGAUGAAGAGACAGAGUCCCGCUUUCGACGUCACCCUUUCUGGGAUGUCGCCAGACAGUAUGGGCUAUCUCCAUGA